AUGGAUGAUUCAUUAGACAUCGAUGAAUCGUUGAUCCCGGUUAGGGAUCUCAAGCCUGCCAGUCAGAGCACCAUCUCUUUUGAUGGGAUGUUGUCAAACCCUCUACUUCUCCAGGAGGAUCUAAAGGAAGGGUGUGGAGGCCAGCUAUGGCCAGCGGGGAUGGUCCUGUCGAAGUACUUGCUACGCCAACAUCACUCUAGCUUUCUCGGUAAAACAAUAGUUGAACUUGGAGCCGGCGGCGGUCUUGUCGGCCUUGCGCUUGCACGCGGAUGUCACCCUGAGAUGCCACGUAUUUACAUUACGGAUCAAGCUCCCAUGUUGCCCCUUAUGAAAACGAACAUCAAGCUCAACAAUCUUUCUUCUACAGUCGAGGCUACAGUACUAAACUGGGGAGACUCCCUCCCAGACUGCAUUCCGAAGCAUCCCGCAAUUAUCCUCGCCGCUGACUGUGUUUACUUUGAGCCCGCCUUCCCGCUUCUAAUCUCGACCUUGAACGAUCUUCUUGGUCCAGAGUCGGUCUGUUACUUCUGCUUUAAGAGGCGUAGAAGAGCAGACCUUCGUUUCAUGAAACAUGCAAGGAAGAUGUUUGAUGUGGACGAGAUCCGAGAUGACCCUGAAGCGGAGACUUACCGGCGGGAGAACAUUUUCCUCUACCAGAUACGUCUGAAGUCGAGCAAGAGGGGUGUCUAG